AUGGGUGAUCGCGAUACAUGUUAUUCAUGUGGAGAGCACGGUCAUUUUGCUCGAGACUGUCCUCAAGGCGGCUCUAGUGGCCGUGCACGCGGCGGUCGACGAGGUGGUGGCUUUAGCGGUGGAUAUGGCGGUUAUGGAGGCUACGGUAGUGGUGGCGGUGGCUAUAGUGAUGGAUGCUACAAUUGUGGGGAGCCAGGUCACAUCGCACGGAAUUGUACUGGUAUGAGAAAUUCAAACAAUGGCAAUAGUGGUAGCGGCGGUCGUAGCUGCUACAAUUGUGGUGAAGAAGGUCAUAUCUCGCGGGAUUGCCCGCAGGGUGGCUCAAAAGAUAGAGUGCAAUGCUACAGAUGUCGUGGCUUUGGUCACCUUUCACGUGAUUGCACUCAAGGUGGUGAUGGCCCCAUGUGUUACAAGUGCAAAGGUUUUGGACAUAUCGCGAAUCAGUGCCCUGCAUAA